AUGACAGGCGGCCCAGCCGCGACCCAGCCCGCAGCUUCUGCGUCCCAUGCACCUAAAGAUCGGUGGGAAGACUCUCCUGUUGACCGUGAUGUUCUCAGGGCCCAGUACUGCACUCAACGAUGCCUGCUGGGCCUGCAGCGCCGUGGUAAGCUGGACGAGCAGUGUCCCAACGUCGAACGGCACCGAGUCAACGGCAGCACCCACCAUCCCACUACUGUGGAGGAGCUGGUGGAGCAGAUCCAAUUGGGACUGGAUCACAACCUGGAGCGAGCGAUGCCCAUCGUCGGGCCCGGCUACGGACGCCCUGCCCGCCCUGGUGGCUCCGGCGCCCCCUUCAAGGUCGUCUCUCCCCGGUUCGGAUACGCGGUGGUCGGAAAAGGAACCCUGUGUUGUAUCUGGCCGCGCCUCGAACGGGAGGCGGAUGUGUACACGCAAAUUCUGAUGGCAGCACAGGGGUCCGCGGUGCCCGUGUUCCUGGGCAAGAUCAACCUGCAGCAGCCAUAUGAGCUAGAAGGCUUCGGACGGGUUCGCCACAUGCUCCUGAUGGGCUACGGGGGCGAGGAGAUCGGGAUGGUGACGACCGUGGAUAAAUGGGACAAGUACAAUCAUCAAGCCACAUCCGCUCACGAGAUCGAGGACCUCGGGGUUAUGCACAAGGACCUGGCGCUUCGGAACGUGCUGUGGAAUGCGGAGCUGGGACGGGCCAUGAUCAUCGACUUCGAGGCGUGUGAACUCGUGCUGGACCGGAUCGCCGAGCGGCCUGCGGGAACUCUUCGAAUGCUACACAGCCGUCUUUUAAAGUCCUAUAGCAAGCGUCGUGGUGACGCGGCCCCGCAGUAA